AUGUCUGUGCAGUACGCUCGUUACCGGCCUACGACGCCGCCACGUCUUCCUCUUGAGGAGUUCACCGGCUCCGGUCAUAGUCGCCAUGAGUCCAACUCGUCGGUCUACUCGAGUGAGUCGUCGCCUUGGUCGACUAUCACUGGCAACACCAGUCCAACCACCUCGCCAACUAGACAUCAUCAUGGCCCGGCUCUCUUGCCUAAGAUCAGACCUCAAGAUGUUAUCAUUGAGCCAGUGGCUACUAGCGGACCUCUUCGUUCCCGUCGGGUUCUUUCGAAUACGCGGAACCCUCCUGGCUUUGUCCCUUAUUCAACUACUCGACCUAAUCGCCACACUCGGGAUGUUGUCGACCGUUUGACAUUGGCAUCUCCCAUUUCACCAGUUCCCAUGACCCAUGGCACCUGCUCAGCCUUGUCGUCACCCGUGGCCCUCACUCCAUCUCAUAAGCGCAAGGCCGUUGGUGGCCACUCACGAUCUGUAUCAGCCUCCGGCGUUGACACAGCCACUUUGACUAGAUUUGGAUAUCCAACUUACCGCGAGCUUCCCAAAUAUAUGCCACAAAUGCAUGCUCAGACCACUCCCACCACGCCAGUCACUCCAAUCACUCCAGCCAUCGUGGUGUAUCCAUCAUACUCCCAAAGACCAGCAGCCGAGCAAACCCCAAUUGGCAUACACCCACUGACAGUGCCAACCCCCCAAUACAAAUACCACCCGGUCUCCGCACAGCCAUCACCAGCCUUAUUGAGCCCCCAAGAACCUUCAACCCCACGCUCAACAACCCUCCUCUCCUACCUAACAAUGUCAAUCCCACCAAUCAACCUAGUCCGCAACGUGAGCGUAGUACCAACCCGCGGCAUGCACGACUACUUCUGGUGGGACAUCCGCAAUCUCCGAAACUGGACCUCGUUCUCCCUCCCAACCUUCGACCUAGUAGACAGCCGCCUAAUCCAACUCCUCAAAACCGAAAUCCCAGCUGAGCUCACGCCCCAGGUAUCCGUACCCGUCGCCCACCUAGCCCCAGAGUCCGAACCAGCCCUAGUGAACCUGAUCACAAGCCUCUACGCACCGCGCGUCAACGCCGCCCUAGCCGUAUCGCAAGGACCAGACCAUCUCCAACUCUACACUGCCCCCGACGUCCGCAGCACAGGCCACAAAAACCACGGCCACCCUCAUUUCCUAGCCAACUACGCCUCCGACACCGAAAUUACAAGCGCCGGUCUCCCGCGCGGCCGGCUAGUCGGCAUUGUCAAGAGCUUUGACCGAUGGAACACAGGCAUGCGCAACGAAGCACCACACCGCCGCGUCGAGUAUCUCAACGGCCUCGCACAUCUGCAACGCUGCAUGCGCGAGCACUCCUGUCGAUACGGCUUCAUCAUCACAGAAAUCGAGCUCGUCUGCGUUCGAGCCGGCUGCGAUGAUGGCGACGACGUCCCCUAUUUCGGAUAUUUCGAAAUCGCUGCUACAAUCCCCCUCAAGACAGCUGCUCACGACCCACGCAUACACCAUACACAUGCGCAGACGCUCGCCCGCGACGGGACAGCACUGGCAACUCCCAUUAGUGCACGGUCAUUCUCAUCUCCCUCCUCUUUAUCAUCAUCAUCAUCAGCUUCGUCGUCUUCUUCUUCUUCAACGCACUCCCCCGUUCCAGACGACAUCACCAGUGAAUCUCAAUCACAAACAACCUCUGAGCCAAUGACAGCGAGUCUAGCAUUGUACUUCCUAUUAAUGCUCUCCAAGUCACAACCACUACCGCACCAGCCAUCUGCUCUCAUCAACGUCGGCAGACCGGGCUCGAUGACCCGACAGAAGGUCUUACCUGAGGGAAAGGAUGAUUGGAUCCCACCGCCGCAGAUUGGGGAGCGGAGGGAUGCGAAACGCGUGCGUGGGUGGGUUUGGCCUCAGGAUGCUUGGCAUCGGAGGGAGGGGGUGGGGGCGCCUAGGGCUAGAGCUGGGGUUGAGGGGAAGAAGGUUAAACGGUGGCAUAAAUAG